AUGAGCGACUCGCCAAAAUCGGACAAGGGAGAUACCAGGUACCGCACGCCUGCUCCAGAGUUGGACGACCACCGGUUCCAAGCCGAAGGUCUGCCCAGAGCGGAGACCAUGGAGGGUCCGACUGUGCGAAGCUCGACCGAAAAUCACGGCCGGCCCGAGCUUCUAGUCCCGGUCGCCGGAAAUGGAAUUCUAGACGGGAGCCCUAGAUGCAGAGAUUUCGAACAUGCUGUUAUGGACGAGGAUGAGGAGGAAAGUUUAGACAGACUUGGGGCCAGGAGGGUCUCUGUUAACCCAAUGGGCUCUCGCCUAAGCCCGAACGAUACCCGUCGCCCCUCAAUGACAUCCUCUCAUACCUCCAUUUCGACCUCCCCGCCAAACUCGGUCGAGGCCUUUGCCGAACCCCGUCGACGUGAACGAGCAAACACAAUGGAAAGCCAGAUGCCAGGAGAGCGUGAACUCAAUCUCCAUCGUACCAUAUCUGCCACUUCCCACCACCGCAAACCAACUUUCAGCAACGCUAGUGUGGUCCGUCCCGGCAGUGUGGACAUUCGUGUCAACCCAACGGAAGAGGCAGACGUGUGCUUCCCUCCUCCGCCAUUCGAAGAGCCAGGUCGUUCGCCAAUAAUUGAUUAUGAGGAGCUGGAAGAGUUUGUCGCUCUCAGCAACAAGGUCAACGCCGAGAACCGCUCAGCACAUCGUCCAAUCCCACGCAAACAUAGUAUUAGCACGCAGAGCAAGCAUACCUCCGGUUUUCCGGGUCUCCACAAGGGGAAUAGCCAUGUCGAUGUUCCUGACAUUAUAAUGACUCCGUGCUCCCAAGAGGAAUCAAACGAGACCGUCCAGCUGCCCGUAGAUGAUGCCAAAAAUUCUAGCUCUGACGAACCAGAGGGCGAAAAGGAUGGCCUUGAGACCCUGAAAAAUACUAAUAGUCCACAACGCUUCAGCUUUUUCUCCUCUGAGUUUGAAAGCACCAUCCAUGCCGCUUCGAUUGGAGAUCUUGUCCUUCCCGGCGACUCGUUCCGUGACCUUUUUCAGCUUGGACCGGAUGGAGGCGUUUGGUGGCUUGAUGUCGUCAACCCGACCAAUGAUGAGAUUGGUGCUAUUUCUCGCGCCUUUUCCAUCCAUCCUUUGACUGCAGAGGACAUAAUGACCCAGGAAGCACGCGAGAAAGUUGAAUUAUUCCGCCAAUACUACUUUGUUUGUUUCCGUACCUUCUACCAGAUGGACAAGACCAGCGAAGACUAUCUAGAACCUGUCAACUUAUACAUGGUGGUGUUCCGGGAGGGUGUUAUCUCUUUCAGCUUUAUUGAUAACCCACACGCGGCUAAUGUGAGGAAGCGAAUUGGGAAACUGCGUGAAUAUGUAUCCCUGAGUAGUGAUUGGAUUUGCUAUGCUAUGAUUGACGACAUUGUUGACAGCUUUGGCCCUGUGAUUCGUGAGAUCGAAAUUGAAUCUGAAGCCAUUGAAGAUCACGUCUACGUUGCCCGAAUUGAGGAUUUCAAUCUUUUCCUCCCAAAGAUCGGUGGCCUACGUAAGAAAGUAAUGAGUCUUAUGCGCCUUCUUGGUGGGAAAGCGGACGUCAUCAAGGGUUUUGCCAAGCGCUGCAACGAGCAAUACUCAGUCACACCCCGGGGUGAUAUCGGGCUUUACCUUGGCGAUAUCCAGGACCACGUCGUGACCAUGAUGUCGAGCUUGGGUCAUUUUGAAAAGAUGCUCAGCCGCUCGCAUGGUAACUACCUGGCUCAGGUCAACGUGACGAACAUCAUGGUUGGUAACAGGGUGAACGAGGUGCUGAGCAAGAUCACUUUCCUGGCCAGUAUUCUCGUCCCGAUGAACCUGAUCUGUGGUCUUUUCGGAAUGAACGUGCAUGUCCCUGGUCAGCACGAUGAUAGCCUCCACUGGUUCUUUGGCGUUGUGGGAAUCAUCGUUCUUAUCUCCAUUGUCAGCCUGACCUUUGCUCGUCGAUACAAACUCGUGUAA